CCUCUCCUGUGACAUCAAGAUCAAGGUCAAGAUGUAAACAAGGCCACGUGCAUGAAAUCACUCUGCCGAAGAUGAAGUAUUAAAUGUUACCUCAAUCACGCCACUGAUGAACAAAGUGUGUGAGUAAGCAGGAGAGAGGAUCAAGAGGAGGAGGAGGACCUACGAAGCGAUACAGGUCGAAAGAAGGAGAUAAAAGUGCCGCUGGCCUUCCUCCGACAUCUCUAAAGGGAAAAUGAUGCUCCCGUUAGACACCAUGCAGGAGGGCAGCAAGCGCACCCUGGAGGAGGAGGACAGCGACGAGGAGGAUGGGGCGCAGCUGCCAGACAAAACAACCAAGAAGAAGGCCACAGAGAUGGAGGACAGCCCUGAGAACAAAGUGAACACACUUUCCCAGUUUAAGUCUGAGUCUGGCGAGGCAGCCGGGCCCCCGGUGGAGCUGCCUCUAAACCUCCCACGGGAAAAACUACAACAGAUACUCAAUGCUUUGCUGCACCAGGAAGAGGAAACCCCUUACAGCUUCUUUGUUAAUGAGAAGGAGGUGAUCAGCACACUGGGAGCAGCACUAGAUGCCUCAGCCAGUGAAGAGAAAGUGCUCACCAUCCUCUACCAACCCCAGGCUGUGUUCAAAGUGCGAGCUGUGUCAAGGUGCACCUCAACCCUCCCUGGCCAUGCUGAGGCUGUCCUCUCAGCGUCUUUCAGUCCUGAUGGUCAGCACCUGGCCUCAGGGUCUGGCGACACCACCGUGCGCUUCUGGGACGUCAGCACAGAGACACCACAUUUUACUUGUAAAGGCCACAAACAUUGGGUGCUGGUUACCGCGUGGUCAACGGAUGGGGAGCGCUUGGCCUCAGCAUGUAAGGCCGGACAGAUUUUUAUUUGGGAUCCUAAAACUGGAAAGCAGAUGGGGCGAGCACUGACAGGCCACAAACAGUGGAUCACCUCACUGUGCUGGGAGCCGCUCCAUCUUGCCGCAGGUGGGAAGUGCAUGCGGCUGGCCUCUGCCGGCAAAGAUGGUGACGUAAGGAUUUGGAACACCAGCUUGGGCUCUUGUGAAAAGGUAUUGACCAACCACCUGCAAAGUGUGACAGCCCUGCGGUGGAGUGGCGAGGGACUCCUCUACUCAGCCUCUCAGGACAGGACCAUCAAAGUGUGGAGAGCAAGUGAUGGUGUGAUGUGCCGCACACUGCAGGGCCACGGACAUUGGGUCAACACACUGGCUCUCAACACUGACUAUGUUCUGCGGACAGGAGCCUGCAGUCCAGAGGCACUCAUGAAGGCCAGGCCAGAGCUGCCAUCACCUGAGGAGAGACAGGAGCGUGCUCUCGCACAGUACAAGAAGGUACUGAGCUUUGCGGGAGGUGUGGAGAGGCUGGCCUCAGGCUCAGAUGACUUCACCAUAUUCCUCUGGGAACCAUCCAGGGACAAGAAGCCUGUAGCCCGCCUCACCGGCCAUCAGCAGCUUGUCAACGAUGUCAAGUUCUCCCCAGACACACGCAUCAUUGCCUCCGCCUCCUUUGACAAGAGUAUUCGCCUGUGGAGUGGACUAAAUGGAAAGUUCCUUGCGGUGCUGCGCGGGCACGUGGUGGGGGUGUACCAGGUGGCGUGGUCAGCAGACUCACGCCUCCUCGUCAGUGGCAGCAAGGACUCUACUUUGAAGGUGUGGUCAGUGGCCACUAAGAAGAUGGAGAUAGACCUUCCUGGCCAUGCAGAUGAAGUGUUUACUGUCGACUGGUCACCAGACGGCCAGCGGGUGGUGAGCGGAGGGAAGGACAAAGUGCUCAAGAUAUGGAGGAGAUAAGUCUGGCCCUACAUAACACAUCCGCUGAAUUAGCAUUGCCAUCACAUUUUGUAUCAUCUCUGAAUAAAUCACGCCAUACCUAA